AUGCCCUCUCCCCCCACCACCACAACAGGCCUCAUCCUAUCCUUCAUCCAACCUACACCUUCCUCUUCGGACAAUAACAAUAACAACAAAGAUGAUACCGAAUUUGCUCUCCUCCCACAACUCUUCACAUCUCACGUUCUCGGCACAUCCCGCUCGACUUUCUAUAAAGCAGCUAACCCCUCGUACCCCAAACAACAUCUUCUCGUCAGCGUAAUGAACAAUGUUGCGCACGUGAACGUGGAGCAGGUGGCUAAGUUUUGGGCGGGAGAGAGGGUGGUGCAAGGGGAGGCGGAUGUUAGAGGGUUUAAGGAGGUGCAGGUGUUUGAGAAGGGGAGGGGGAGGGAGGCGGGGAGGGAUAAUCCCGCACAUACUCUCCUUGUAGCGCUCAUGCAGCCUGCGCCGGAUGGUGCUGAGGAUCUGGAUGCUUGGUACCGCGAUGAGCAUAAUGAGCAGAUGUCGAGAGAGCCCGGUUGGCUGCGGACGUGUCGGUAUUCGUUGGUUGCGCAGAAGGGUGGCGAUGAGAAAGAGACAGAGUUGUCGUUCUUGGCUAUUCAUGAGUUUGAUGAGAGCAAUGAGUUAGGGGACACCGUGAAAGCGCUUGAACCUGUGACCGAGUGGACGAAGAAAGUUAUGAAUGCGGCGGAGGGGAUUGAUGCUGCUAUUUAUCGGAGGAUUUGA